GAAGAUAGCUUAUGUAAUUCAAUGGCUACGGACUACGGUGGUUCUGUAGUUGGAAUUUUAUAACUCCAAUUCUUUAUUUGAUGUGUGUGUUAAUAGUUUUGCAUACAGAAAAUAUCAAAUAUUUUGAACUUAAUCAGUGUUGACUAUUUUUGUAGGUAUAUGGAUCGUUAUUUCAAGAAACUUUCUUCCGUUGAUUCUUCAUCAGUUGAACCUUCACUUCUUCAACCUCAAGAAUUAUCGAAUGAAGAUAAAAGUAAGGUUGAUUUAGAGAAUCUUCCAAGUGAUCCAGGAGAACGACCUGAUAUAAUGAGUUAUCCACCAAAUUUAAUAGAACAAGUUCGCAGAGCUUACUUACUUAAAGUUGCCACUGCAUCAGUAGAAAGAGCCUUUUCAGCAAUGAAGAUCAUCAAGACUUCUCUACGUAAUAGCAUGGGAGACCAACUAUUGAAUGAUUGCUUAGUUCCUUACAUCGAAAAUGAUGUGUUUGUUAAAGUUACCAAUGAAACUAUUAUGCAGCGUUUAAUUUUGGACCCCCAUUAUGAAAUCUCUAGCUCCGCCACUGAACUUAGUUGGAACCUCUCAAAAAGGAAUAUGACUCAACUUAGUUAA